AUGGCAGGAAUCAUAGGAGAGAUCGGAGUAUUUUCGGAAGGGAAAGAAACCUUCACUUGCUAUCUGGAAAGACUGGUACAGUUUUUCAUCGCCAACGUGAUCACGCAGGACUGGGCGGUGAGUGUGUUUCUCACAGUGAUAGGACCCAAAUCCUACACUUUACUGAAGUCCAUGGUGUCCCCAGACAAGGUUAGCGAGAAAUCUCUGGAAGAGUUAAAGAAAAUUCUUCGUAAUCAUUACUCUCCUCAACCUCUCAUCAUUGCUGAAAGGUACAAGUUUCAUAAAAGAGAACAAAAAUCUGGGGAAUCCGUCAACGAAUAUGUGGUUGAACUAAAAAGACUGGCAAGUACAUGUCAGUUUGGCACAUUUUUAAAUGAUGCUUUACGGGACCGUUUAGUAUGCGGGAUGCUCAACACACAAACCCAGAAGAAGCUGUUGGCGGAAAAAGAACUUACCUUAGUUAGAGCAGUGCAACUAGCAGUGGCUUAUGAAAUGGCAAAUAAGCAAGCACAGGAGUUUCAGCCACGCUCCAUCGUGGAUUCGACUGGAGCUUCAGUUAAAAGAGUUGAAAUGACCAAGAAACCCUACCGGAAACAGGGCACUACUCCACGUAAACACAACGAUGGUGCAAAGUCUACAGCUGCCGCAGGCACGACGACAAACAAGGACAGUUGCUGUUACCGCUGUCUCGAGCAACAUACUCCACGGGAAUGCCCAUACAUCAAGGCUACAUGCUACUACUGUCAAAAAGUAGGGCACAUAGCGAAAGCUUGCAGGAAGAAACAAGCUAAACAAGCCAAGGGGAGUAACCGAAAUUCUGUGAAGCAGAUACAAGAUGGUGACGAUUCAUCAGAUGAUGGAGAUUAUGUGGUUUACACAAUCAGCUCAGUGUGCUCACCAAAACAAGGCAUUAUUUUAAUGGUGGACUUAGCGGGUUCUCAAGUGCAGAUGAAGUUAGACACAGGAGCCGCUGUAUCAAUUGUCUCGGAAAAGACAUAUCACACUCAGCUGUCAUCAUGGCCAUUGGAGAGUUCAUCGGUGAAACUGAAAACGUACGGUGGAGAACCAAUCCAAGUACUCGGGAAAUUGACUCUGCUGGUCAAGUACGAGAACCAGUCCCACACCCUGCCACUGUAUGUUGUGGUGGGGGACAAGCCAGCUUUGUUUGGACGAGACUGGUUAGCAAAGAUGCAAAUCGAUUGGAAACGUAUAUUCAGGGUGCAACAGACCGCUUACCCAUCACCGGACACUGGAACACAAGGUACACCAGCCAAGGACAUCACAGGGAUAAAGGAACAGUAUGCAACUGUUUUCAGUGAUAAAGGUGGGCCUAUCAAAGAAUUUGCUGCCCAUAUUUAUGUUGCAGAGAAUGCCAAUCCCGUGUUCUGCAAAGCACGCCCAGUACCGUAUUCACUCAAGGCAAAGGUGGAACAAGAACUUCAGCGUUUACAAGAUGAAGGAAUCAUCACAAAGGUUGAUCGCAGUGACUGGGCUUCACCUAUUGUACCAGUGCCCAAACCAGAUGGAAGUCUACGCUUGUGUGGAGACUAUAAGGUUUCAGUAAACAAACUGUUAGAUACUAAGCAGUAUACCUUACCAAAUGCUGGAGACUUGUUCGCUACCUUAGAAGGGGGGAAAGUCUUUUCAAAGAUUGAUCUCUCACAUGCAUACUUACAACUUGAGUUGAAGGCCGGGUCAAGAAAGUAUUUAACCAUAAAUACACACAAGGGGCUGUUUGAAUACAACAGAUUGCCUUUUGGGGUGUCUUCUGCUCCUGGUAUUUUCCAGGGAGUAAUGGAUCAAAUUUUGCAGGGUAUAGAAGGGGUUUGUUGUUAUUUGGACGACAUACUCAUCUCUGCACCGUCCGAACAGAGCCAUAGCAAAAUUUUGAGCGAAGUCCUCAAGCGUUUGGAAAGGUAUGAUGUGCGGGUUAAGAGCCAAAAAUGUGAGUGGGGUAAACAUUCUGUAGAGUACCUAGGUCAUGUAGUUGAUGCUGAGGGUAUUCACCCUACUACUGAAAAGCUUGAAGCAAUCAGUGAGGCACCUAGUCCGACAAAUGUAACUGAGCUUAGGUCAUUCCUACGGCUUUUGAAUUAUUAUGGGAAAUUUAUUCCAAAUGCUUCAACAGUGCUUCACCCUCUAAAUGAGCUGCUGUGGAAAGAGAUUCCAUGGAAAUGGACAGAGGAUUGCGAAAAAGCAUACAAGGCUAGUAAAUCCCAAUUAAUGGAAAAGUCAGCUAUUCCAACUUUGGCUGCUGCAUGCAUGCAACGUUGGGCAAUCAUAUUAUCUGCCUACACCUAUGACAUUGAGUUCAAAAGGUCAGGGGAUCAUGGAAACGCGGAUGCGUUAUCUAGGUUACCUAGAAAAGUGGAUCAUACCACUCAUGAGGAAGUAAAGUAUUUCUCAUACUUAGACGAGUUACCAGUCACUGCUAAGGAUAUUAGUAGAGCUACACUGAAAGAUCCAGUGUUAGCUAGAGUACAUGAGUUUGUAGCAAAUGGUUGGCCAAAUUAUGUACAGGAUGAAGAUGUGAGACCCUUUUUCACUCGUAGAGAUGAGUUAACAGUAGAACAAGGUUGUAUUCUAUGGGGUUUGCGGGUGAUCAUCCCACCCAAGUUCAGAUCUAGAUUGCUAGAUGAUCUUCAUGAGCAACAUUUAGGCAUAUGUCGUAUGAAGGGUUUAGCACGAAGCUACCUGUGGUGGCCAGGUUUAGACAAGGAUAUUGAAUGUUUGCCAAAUUUAGCCACAACAGUGGAAGACAAACAAGGGAAACAGAGAAUGUUUCAUGAUAAGGGCCGGGUAAAGGAAAGAACCUUUAAGGUAAACCAGAAGGUUAGAGUGAAAAGUCAUCAGAACAACUUAGAGAAAUGGGUGUCAGGCAAAGUUGUAAAAGUGUGUGGGCCUCGUACUUACAUAGUGCAGGUGUACAAAAAUGGAAGGAACAGAUUUGUGCAUGUUGAUCAUGUUUUACCGUCACAAGAAGAAAGUCAAAUGGUGGUUCCAGAUCCAAUCAUGCCCGAAACAAGUAAUCCAGUUCAUGUUCCGGCAACCAACCAAAUUCCACAGCAGUAUGAACAGGAAAAGGUCACAAACCAAAAACAAAAUUCUGAGUCAAGUGGAGAAAUCCCACAAUCACUUGACCAAAAGCACAGUAACCAGGCUAAUGAGAGCAGUCCGGGUAGUCGUGGAAGCUACUCAAGUGAGACGCUAUCCCCAAAGAGUUAG